AUUAAUUAAUAAAUACAUAAACAGAAGUAACAAAUUUCUUUAUAUCUUUUAUACCUGUGCAUCCUUGAGUAAGCCUCCCUUUACUUUCUGCCUGAACUCUUGCCUUUACUUAGAAACAUGUUCAAAUCCAUGGCAAUAACUGAUCCCAUUACAGGAAACCCAAAAUGUUUUUCAGUUCCAAUUGUGCAGGAAUUGGCAUUACAGGAUCCCAAUACACUGCCAGAAAAAUACUUGGUGCCUGAGGAGAACAGACCAUCUGUAUCUCUCUCACUAACAUAUAGAGACAAUUCUAUCCCUGUAAUUGAUAUGUCAAUUCUCCAUGAAAACACAAAAGAAUUGGAAAAGCUUGCAUCAGCAGCCCAAGAAUUGGGUUUCUUCCAAGUAAUAAAUCAUGGGAUUCCUGGUUCUCUGAUGGGCAGAAUGAGAAGUGUAGCUAAGGGCUUCUUUCAACUUCCAAUGGAAGAGAAGCUCAAGUAUGAAAUGAAAAAUAAUCAAGGGUAUGGCCAGGCAUUUGUGGUAUCUGAAGAACAAUCCCUUGACUGGGCUGAUAUGAUGUACUUGUACACCCUUCCUGUUGAAUCCAGGGUCUUGAACCAGUGGCCCAAAACUGCAAAUUUCAGGGAGACUCUGCAUGAGUAUGCUCUUGAGACACAAAUACUUGCAAAAAAGCUUCUGACUGUGUUAGCAGAGGGGUUAGGGAUAAACCCAGAUUGUUUUGUUGAAAGUUUUGGAGAAUUUAGUGGGAGUGUAAGGACAAAUCACUACCCACCUUGCCCAAGACCAGAUUUGGUAUUGGGAUUAAGUGCUCACUCAGAUGGAGCUGGAAUUACCAUAUUGUUGCAGGAUGAUGAGUGUUCAUGGGAAGCUCUUCAAGUUCAUAAGGGUGAGGAGUGGAUUCCUGUCCCAUCAAUCCCAGAUGCUCUUGUCAUUAACAUUGGAGAUCUUCUUGAGAUAUUGAGUAAUGGAAGAUACAAGAGCAUUGAACAUCGAGUGGUGACAAGCAAGAGCAAAGGGAGAACAUCAAUUGCUACAUUUUAUAGCUUAAAUAAAGAAAAAGAGGUGGGUCCCCUCUUAGAGCUUAUAGAUGGUAAUCAUCCUUGUUUAUAUAGAAAAAUCAAAGUUUCUGAUUACGCGCAACAUUAUAUAUCCAACAAGCUUGAAGGAAAGAAAUCACUUGAAUGCCUUAAAAUUCAUUGAAAGUGUUUAAAUUAAUAAUUACCUACAAUGGUUUGAUGUAAAUAUGGACUAAAAUUUAUAUCUAAUGUAUGGUACUUCCAUUGAUCAACAAAUAUUAUUUAAAAAAAUAAUUGUUAAAAAUAAAGUGUGGCAUUAGAGUGUGCUUAUAUUA